UCCAUGAUCACUCUGGGCCCCCGUAAAUUGCCCCUCCAACUGCAGAUCUCUACACACCUCUCCACCCCUAACUAGGCUGCGUCUCCCUUAUAUCCACCCUGAUCUCUUCCACCUCUGCUCACAGUCCCUGCAGAUAGCUUGAGGGCUAGAGAUCUCUCCUUCUCGUUCCUCCUCUUCCCUCGGAUGUCUACCAUCUACAUGAGCCAGCUAUCUACUCUCCCUCUAAUGGAUGGAGAUCAAGAUCAAGGGCACUUUCAAGCCUUUCAUCUACCCAAAGAUCCUCCUAUCUUGUUCCCUUUCAUGAUCGACAACCCAGUGGAGCAUCAAGGGCAAGGCUAUGGAGACCAGCACUCGAGGCAGCAAUUUUUUGGUGAAUCUAAUCAGCAGUUCAAUGAUCACAUGAUGAUGAGCGGAGGAUCUGCGGACGUCUUUGCCACAUGCUCCCCGUUCGGACCUACCAUCCAAAGCAUCGGCAGUGACAUGAUCCAGAGAUCCUCAUACAAUUCCUAUGAUUUCGAAGCCACACAUGCCGGCGAUGGAUCGACCAGCCAGUGGGCAUCCGCCAAACCGCCGGUGAAGAUGAGGAUCAUGAGAAAGGCGCCAACGAAUGAUCACCAAGGAGGGACGGCGAGAAAGCCAAGGAGAAGGGCACAAGCACACCAAGGUGAUGAGAGCCAGCAGCUGCAGCAUCCCAUGGGUGUUAUCAGAGUGUGCUCAGACUGCAACACCACCAAGACCCCCUUGUGGAGGAGUGGUCCUUGUGGCCCCAAGUCUCUUUGCAACGCAUGCGGCAUACGCCAAAGGAAGGCUCGCCGCGCCAUGGCUGCAGCGGCGGCCACUGCCGCCACCAACGGUGGGGUGGCGUCUGCUUCCAGUGGCGGUGUGGCGGAAGGGGCCACGCAGGCGAGCGAUGCAUCGCAAGCGGUGAAGGCAACAAAGAAGGAGAAGAGGGCUGUGGACCUCGACCGGUCGCUGCCAUUCAAGAAGAGGUGCAAGAUGGUUGAUCAUCCUACCGUUACCUCCACCAAGGCCGUGGCUGUCGAUGCCACUCCGAAGGAUCAAGAUCACGUUGUUGCCGAGGAUGGCGCCAUGGUGGAGAGACUGAGCAAAGCCGAUCCACAGGCAGCAUUCACUCACGGCUUCAUGCGCGACGAGAUCACCGAUGCCGCCAUGCUGCUCAUGACCCUAUCCUGCGGUCUUGUUCGAAGCUAG